AUGUCAAUUUCGACUCCUAAUCCUUACAGGAGAUACUUUCGAUGUGCGUAUGCAGCAAAGAAGAGGCUGGAGAAUGAUGAUCAUAGAUUCAAAUGGAUAGAUGAGGCAAUAUUGGAGGAGUUAGAAUCACUUGAAUGCAAAAAUGCAAGUGUUGAGCAAUAUGUGAAAGAGAUUACAAGAGAGAGAUUGGUCCUAGAGAAGGAAGUUCUUGAUCGAGUUGAGGCCCAAGUUCUUGAUCGAAUUGAGGCGGAAAUACUUGAUCGAUUUGAGGCAGUAUUGGCUGAAGAGAAAACAAAGAUGAAGAAAUUGAUGAUUAUCUUAGGCAUUGGAGGUGUGAUUUGUGUUGGGUCGAUGGUGGUUCUCUGCUUCAAGAAAUGGUGA